AUGGUCGCGUGUCCGAUAUGCGAGAAGCCGGUGAAAGAAUCGGAUAUCAAUCGUCACAUCGAUUCGGAAUGCCGCGAUUACAUUGACCAACCCGCCGCUCUCCCGUCCUCGACACAAUCCAAACUCGCGACUUCCAAGCCCACCGCCGCCUUUUUCACUCCUGCGCCGAAACGGAACGUUGGUUUCCGAGACGAUGGCGCGAAUAUUGCUUCUUCGCCAUCCGUGAACGGUUCCACCAACACGCAGACCGCUGCGACCCAACAACCAUCGUCGCCCGCCAACGGAGUGAAAAGAUCGGCAGAGCAACUACAAGAAGAGGGAGGUGGUGGAGCAACAAGCGAAGAUGAGCGGCCCAAACAACCCGUCGCGAAGAAGGCGAAGAAUAGCCACGCCCCUCUGGCGGAGCGCAUGCGCCCACGGACCCUCGACGAAGUCGCCGGACAGGACCUCGUCGGUGCGGACGGUGUGUUGCGCAACCUGAUCCUCACCGAUCGCGUACCUUCGAUGAUCCUGUGGGGUGGUCCAGGCACGGGCAAGACGACAAUUGCACGCUUGAUCGCACAGACGGCGGGCACGCGCUUCGUCGAAAUCAACAGUACGUCGAGCGGGGUGGCGGAGUGCAAGAAGCUGUUUGCGGAGGCGAGGAAUGAGCUGGGACUCACCGGGAGGAAGACGAUCAUCUUCUGCGAUGAGAUUCAUCGCUUUAGCAAGAGUCAGCAGGAUGUAUUCCUCGGACCGGUGGAGGCGGGCCAGGUGACGCUGAUCGGGGCGACAACGGAGAAUCCAUCGUUCAAGGUGGUGAAUGCUCUGUUGAGUCGGUGUCGGACUUUCACGCUCGCGAAACUGAACGACGAGGAUGUGUUUGGGAUUCUGAGGCGAGCUUUAUUGAGAGAACAACCUAAUCACCACCUCCUCGUUGAAGACGACUAUGCACUUCUCCGAUACCUCGCCGCAUUCGCAGACGGCGAUGCGCGCACCGGGCUCAACCUGCUGGAACUCGCCCUCGACUUGUGCGCAAAGUCGUCCACCACCACCUCGGAAGACAUCAAGAAGAGCCUGACGCAGACCCUGGUCUACGACCGAGCGGGCGACCAGCAUUACGACACCAUCUCCGCCUUCCACAAAUCCGUGCGCGGCUCCAAUCCAGAUGCCGCCCUGUACUAUCUAGCGCGAAUGUUGCAAAGUGGCGAGGAUCCGCUCUACGUCGCGCGCCGCAUGGUCGUGAUCGCCAGUGAGGACGUUGGGCUGGCGGACAAUAGCAUGCUGCCGCUCGCAACGGCCACAUACAGCGCUGCCGAGAAGAUUGGAAUGCCGGAAUGCCGGAUCAAUCUUGCACAUUGCACCGUUGCGUUGUGUCUCGCGCCGAAGUCGACUCGCGCGUACCGUGGGCUAAACGCCGCAUACGCUGCGCUGCGCGAACCGGGAAUCGCUGGCCUGCCCGUUCCGUACCAUCUGCGCAAUGCGCCUACGAAGCUGAUGACCGAGAUCGGGUAUGGGAAGGACUACAAGUACAAUCCGGACUACCUGAACGGAAGAGUCGUGCAAGAGUACCUCCCCGAGAAGCUUGAGGGGCGGAAGUUCCUUGGUUUGAAGGACUUGGGCGACAAGGUAGAUCCUGAAAUCGCGGAGUUGGACGAGGAGCUGCGGCUCGCUGAACAAUGUGAUCCUGCGGCGGAAGACGUGCUGUUGAAUCCCGAUGGGGAUUGA